CUUAUCAACUUCCGGGUCACAGGGUCAUGUUUUGCGUGAAGCAGCAGAUGUAACUGAGAGCUAGCUAAGUUGUUAACGAGCUUAGAGACCACCAGAGCAAGUCGCUAAUACUAGAAAACAUCAAAGUUCAACCUUAAAAAAGCAAAGGAUGAUUUUACGUCAGCGGAGUCAAAAAGCUUUUGGAUCAAACUAUCAGUAACGAGCUGAACAGACGUGACAUGGGAAGGUGCAGAUAAGCGAUUAUGCAGUUUCCGCCCACUGAUGCAGGAACAUAAAGACCCACCACCAGCACCGGAGCAGCAGUCUGCCCAAACCAGGGCCAGAACAAGGUCUGUGUGCUCCGGACCAGACACGAUGGGAGGUGCGAUGGGACCGGUUCUACACUGGCUGCACGAUGUCGCAGCUGUGACUCUCCUCAAAGCCCGGCGGACUCUGUUUCAGGCUGCUAUCCUCCUUUGUGUGCUAGUCCUGCUGCUUUGGGUGUCCAUCUUUCUCUAUGGCAGCUUCUACUACUCCUACAUGCCCACUGUCAGCUUCUCCACCCCUGUGCACUUCUACUACACCUCUGACUGCGAUGCCUCAGAGUCAGCACUUUGCUCAUUCCCAACGGCCAACAUCUCCUUCAUGAAGAACGAGAGAGACCAGGUGAUGGCUUAUGGGCAGCCGUAUCGCAUAUCCAUAGAACUGGAGAUGCCAGAGUCUCCGGUGAAUGAGCAGCUGGGCAUGUUCAUGGUCAAGAUGACAAGUUAUACCAAAAAUGGGAAGACUGUCUCAUCUGUGGGACGAUCAACGAUGCUGCAUUACCGCUCCAGCCUUCUGCAGACACUGAGUACUUUACUGUUCUCUCCCUUCCUCCUGACUGGGAUGGCUGAGCAGAAGCAGCUCAUAGAAGUCGAGCUCUUCUCUGACUACAAGACGAAUGCUUAUCAACCCACUGUUGGUGCAAUCAUUGAGAUCCAGUCCAAGCGUGUGCAGAUCUACUCAUCUCAGCUUCGUAUCCAUGCUUAUUUCACUGGUAUACGAUAUGUUCUGUACAACUUCCCCCUGACAUCUGCAGUGAUCGGUGUGGCCAGCAACUUUGCCUUCCUCAGCGCGAUUGUGCUGUUCAGUUACCUGCAGUUCAUUUGGGGAGGGCUCUGGCCUCCAGAUCAAGUGAGAGUCAGGGUUAUGAUGGGGGACAACACCCGCUUCCAGCAGAGGAGAGAGGAGGCUCGGAAACGAAUGGAGAAAGAAAACUCGCAGAAGGAACUCUAUGCUCCCAAAUCGAUCGGUUCUGUGAAUGAGGCGUCUGAUUCCCAGGCAAAUGACACGGCGGCUGAGCUGUCGUCAAAGAGGCCCUCAGUAAUCCCGGACGCCUCUGGGGCAGAUGUGCCAGAUACCAAGGACGAAGAAGGGUCUCAUGACUCUAAAAUGCCAGAGGAGAAAGAGAGCUCAGACAUGUUGGAUGGGUGUCAGCUGCCUCACCAGGGCGAGACAGCACUCCGACAGAGACCUGGACCCUGGAUGAGCCUGUGAUUCGUGGGACCGCGUGUACCUACAGUACUGCAUGUGCUCAUAUGCCACAUAGUAUGUAGGUGUGGAUCUUGAUAGACUCAAGCAAACCCACAGUUUAAGUUGGCAGGAACAGAUGCAUGAGAAUUUAUUACCUGUAUUACUUUGACUAACAAACUACAGCUUAUUGUCUCGUCUUGAUAAGUUCACCUUGUUGCCACUUUGACCUCGGCUCACGACUUUCUGCUUAUUGUCUGCUCAGUGGACAGACGGUCCUGGAGACAAUAACACUUCUAUGGUCUUACAGUAUGUUGUGCAUUCAGUUUUAAUGAUGCCUGUAGCAAGAUAAACUACAUUCCAGCUGUGGCUUGUCCUACAGUUUUGUCUGUGGCAUUACCAUUAGCCAACAAUCUAUCACACCCUUUAAGUCCGUCUAACCUGUGUUUUAUUGCUUUGAUGUCUGUAAGGUUUCUCAUAUUACAGCCAGCCUAUAGCUGAGGCACACAACCUGACAAUCCUUCCACAAGUGACAUAUGUAGUUUAAACAUGAGUCAAGUCGCUUGUUAUUGAAUGUAGCUGUCCUGUACUUGAAACAAAAAUAAGUUUGAUCGCUCAUAAACAGGCCUUGUGAUCCUUUUUCUCAGAGCAAUUAGGUUUGGAAAAUUUGCCCAAAGUAGCGUCUUUGUUUUAAUAACUUCCUAGAAAAAAAUGAUGGGUCGAGGGUCCAGCCCGAGGAUAUAAAGAACUUAUUGCAUUUAUUAUUCAUCUUCAUCUUGCAUAUAGAGAAGUUCUGUUUCAGUAUAAUUGGCGAUUUAACUGCCGUGGCACAUUUAGUUAAAGAUCCGAUGCUUUAACAAAGUUUGGUUUCAUUCCAUCUGUUGUUGUUUUUUUGUAUUCAGUAUCUGUUACUGUGCAGUUUGCACUCUGCUGUUUAAUGUGAAAAUGGUAUUUAUUGUAAAAGCACCAAGAUAUUUUAGAUGAGUCUUUUAAGUAAUAAAUGUUUGCUAAUAUGUCUGUUAAUUAAGCAUGUCUACUUUAACAUUAAGGAACAUUAUACGAAGGAUAAGUGAAGUUACUGUUUUGAGGUUGGUGCUGGUUUAUAAAGCUAAUGAAGAGGAGUUAUAUGCACAGCCUCUAUGUAUUUAACCUACACUUAAGGGGAACUUGGGGUUUAAGCAAGUUAAUGAAAGGCUGUGCAAGUUGUGUUGAUGUAGGAUUUUGUACCAAAGAUAUAGUUCUCAUGAUCUGUCAUCUCGGAUUCUGUCAUGCAGGUUGUUCUUGUCUAAGCCUCUGAAGUUCCAUGAGUAGGUCUUAUUUAUGUGUUGACAUUGAAUUAAAGAAAUAAACACAUACAGCAGUGCA